AUGACCUUCCCGAAAGUUUGGUUCAUUACUGGUGCAUCGGCUGGUCUGGGGCGAGAGGUCGUCAAAUAUGCUUUGAGCAAAGGAGACAACGUAGUUGCCACCCUGCGCAAACCCUCGAUGUUGGAAGACCUCACUACUAAAUAUCCCUCUUCCCGCCUCGUUACUGUCCCGCUCGACGUAACAGAUACGCCCUCGAUUACCACGGCGUUCAAUCAGGCCAUCUCGCACUUCAAUCGUGUAGACGUCGUGCUGAACAAUGCAGGAUACUAUAUAGUAUCAGAAGCUGAAGGCCUGUCUCACAAGGCCGCGCGAGAGAUGUUUGAUGUGUUGCUCUGGGGUGCGGAGAAUGUCAUGCGUGAAGCCAUUCGAUGCUUCAGGGAUGUGAACCGUCCCAUGGGAGGGCGAAUAUUGAAUCUUUCUUCCCGGAAUGCCUUUGUUCCACAGGUUGGCACUGUACAUUAUGCUGCGGCCAAAGCUGCAUUGGAAUGUUUGACGGAAGGGUAUAUCGGCGAACUUGACCCAGAAUGGCAGAUCAAAAUCACUCUCAUUGAGCCAGGCCUUUUUCGGACAUCGAUGAUUCAAAGCCAUGCGACAGAACCCAUUCACCCUGCUUAUGAAUCAAACCCAUCCCUCCCAACCCGCAAAUACCGAGCUCUCUAUCCUGACAUCGAGGACACGCAUUUUGAUGGCGAUCCGGCCAAGUUUGCAGAAGUGGCCUACAAGUUGUCUCGUCUGGAUGACCCCCCAAUACGCCUCCCCUUGCAUAGGGUCGCAUUGGAAUCUGCGAGACAGAAGGGGGAAUCGUUGCUCGAAACUGCCAAAAAUUGGUCCAGUUGGUCGGACGAUGUGUACUUGCAUAAAUGA